AUGACCGCGUUCUUCGAUAUUCCGCGGCGCGCUUAUGACACUAGCUUUCCGGUUCCAUUCCCUACCCUUAUAUAUUUCUCCCUCUUUCAAGCCCCUACUCGUCCAACACAUAAAUCAACCAGCAUGGCCAACAACGACCAACAACAGGACGCUCGCGGCAGCUUAGGAAACCUGUCCGCUGCUGAAGAAGCGACUUACCCGACAGACGAAAACAUCCUAGAGCAAUGCCACCAGAUCUUCAGUGAUCUUUCAGAGGCCCUGCUAAUAUUCUUGAGGGCGAUGGAGGCAACGGGCAGGACGAACACUGCGACACCGACCUUUCAGCCACCACGAGCUGUCGCAGAACAAGCCGACGCGUUGGCACAGAGCUUGCUCCGUGAUCGCCAAGUGGGUAUACCCAUCGAUGUCCUGUCUCGCCCGAUGGGAGUCUCCGAAUUCAUCUCGACCGCGCACAAGAUCUUCGAAGGCCCCGACGAGAAUCAGCUGCUAUCGAGGCAGAUUCUCACCAUAUAUCAUGUUUACAUGGGAGACUGUUGGGCUGUUUCGGAUCCCCAUACCCGGCCCAUAACCGUGUUCUACUUGAAAAGGUAUAACUCACUGUGGUGGGAAGCUCUCAGCGAAAAGUGUCGGAUCAGGGAGCUGAGGGCCCAAGAGUAUCUUUCGACUCAUCCACAGCACGCUUAUGACGAUUGA